AACGUAUUAUAUAGAUUUUUUAAUCGAUGACCCGAAAGGUCCUCGCCGAGGUUAUCGCAGUUCAGGUAUCCGUGUUUAAAAUUACGCAUAGGUACCUACCGACGUGCCUAUAUUAGUUUACGGCAAUCCGUUACGUCCUUCGCGCGUAAAUUAAAUAGGUACCGAACUAAAGACACAGGUUGUUGGUCCACUUCUUUUCUCUCUUGUUAUUUAUACGCGCAAUAUAAUCAGUCAUGUCGAAAUUUUCGUGCCUCUUGAUAUUGACCAUAUUGUGUACUCUGGCCGCGGCUGAAAAAAUUGCUCCAGAAUACGAAAACGUGUUGGACGUAGACCUGACAGAAUCCGGAAACGAAGAAAUUGAAGAGCAUAAACUGAGUGAGUAGAACGAUUUUGGGAUUAAUUUAUUGGGUAGGUAUUAUGCGUGUCUGUUCAAUUUAAUUGACAUAUAAAUUAGACCACACAUUAGAACUCAGAACGUUUAUAAAAAUCGUAAACUAGUUUAUUUAAGUAUAUAGGCUGAACAAAGUUCAUGAACUAUUUUUGUUUUAAUGAGCUUGCUUAAUAAUAUAAAUUUACUUGAAUUUAAAUUAAUUUAAGUUAAUUUUAAUAACUUAAUGCAUUUUCAGUGAUUUUUAUUAAAUAUUAAGUAUGUACAAUUAUAAUACUACUUAAUUAUCUCAAAAAGGAAUUUACAAUCUUUGUAUUAUUAUGAAAAAAGAGCCGAUACCGGAGAUAAGUGCGGUCACAAUAGUAGAUGGGUAAGAAGCUAAAAAAGUGGGAUAGGUAGAUAUCAAGUUAUUUAACUUUUUACAAAAAAAAUUCGGAGCGAAGUUCGGUGAUACAUGUUUUGAAAGGCCGUAGUAUUUAAGUUUUUCGUCGAAUUUCGAUUUUAACUCUUGUAAAAAAAAAAACUACAUUACAUUAAUAUUUUAUUUUUACCAAUAUGUACGACUUUUUACCACAUAUAGAAAAAUCAAAUAUAGGUUUCAUGUCAAAAUUUAAAAUAAUAAAAUAAUAUUUUCGUAAAUUUCCCCGUCCUUUCUACGUAUUUUUCGGGUUCGCUCAAUUAUUAAUUGCUCCAGUUAUUUUCCUAAAUUGUCAAUGUAAAAUUUAAAUUUGAAUUAAAAUUAACGAUUCAAUUAAAAUUAAUUUAUGUUUCGUUUAUAUAUUUUGAAUGGAUGAAAGUUUAUUUUGAGUUCUGAAUUAGGGAUAACACAGUACUGCUAAAUAUGUAAAUAUAUUUUUAUAUUAUUACUAUCAUAAUAUACGGUUCUUCUGAUAGGCUGAAUUCAAAUUUGAAUUUCUUUUGUCUCUAUUAUUAUAUUUGUAUUCAUCGCAUUUAUUCAUGGUAAUGUUAUAUCAGGUGCAGCGUUUAGGGGGGCAUGUCAUCCCUAGAUAUUGAACUACCUAUAAAUAAUAACUUUCAGAAAUCUGUAUAGAUGUUUAGAGUGUUAAUAAAUAUAUAAUCACAGCUCUUAUUCAAAAGAAUCUACCCUCUUUCCUGAAUAUUUUAUAUUUGACGGGGCAUCCUUGAUCACGGACAUUUUAUAUAUCAAUUUUUUUUAGACUUAUGAUGUUUUUAUCUAGGGCAGUAAAUACUAUAUUAAUGUACUUUGGGCCGCAGCCGGUAUUGAAAAUAAAAUAAAAAUAAAUAAAACAUAUUAUUAGAUAAUAUGAUAAAAUAUUACAUAAAUAUUUGUUAUCCAUAAUAAUGAAAAUAAAUAAUAAAACAAAUUGGAUAGGAAUAUUAUAUUAAUUAUGCAAUUAAUACAAAUGAUUUACUUAUUUAAAAUUUAUUUAUAUAUGUAUUACAGUUAAUAAAUGUUAUGACAAACAAACUAAAUCAUCCUACAAAGUUGAUUCCACUUGGUAUCCAGAAGGGAAAUGUGAACAACGUGUUUGUUCCAGGGAAAGAAAUUCAAAAUCUCCGACUAUUAAAUCUAUGGUGUAAGCAUACACUAUAUCAAAUAUAAAUAUUAAAAAAUUGAAAUAUUAUAUUUUUAUAAUACCAUGUUUCAGAUGUGAACCAUGCACAAGUUGUACUCAUCCAGAUCAAACAUGUCAGCCCUUCAGAGCUGAGAAAAACUAUCCAAAGUGUUGUCCAAAAUGUCUCGCAAAGUCUGACAUACUUAAGAAAACAACAAAAAAACACAAACAAAUUUAACCAUUUGAUAAUUAUUAAUUUUAGUUAAACCCUAUAAUACAUAGUAAUUACCUACUGGUCCAGAUAUUUAUCAUAUUCAAAUUUAUAAAUAUAUUUCUUAAAUUUUAUAUUGAUCGUUGUUAUAGUGUACCAAUGUAGAUGUAUCAAAAAUGUAACGCAUAAGACCCUGGGUAAAGCACAGUUUUUAAAUGAAUACAGACGGCAUAAUUUUCACCCAUAGGUAUUUGUUUGCAUCAAACAUGAAUUGGGUUCUAAUAACGUACGAUUGUUAAUGCUUGUUGACCAAUAAUUUUUUAUACUCCGUAUGAAAUAACUUGCGGUUGAAUUUUCAUAGUAUUUAUAAGUGUAUAAUAUUAAUUAAUUAAAUACAUUUAUAUAUAUUAUUAUAUACAUAAUAGGUACAUUGUACAGAUAAAAAAUAGUAACAAAACAAUUAUGACCCAUCACUUGUAUUUUUCGGUAGAAAACAUAUCACCGUGACCUGGUAUAAUCCAAUCUACUUGUUCCAUAAUAAUUUUUCUAUAUUUUCUUUGUGAAUCUGGAUUUUCACUACCGGCACUAAUCCAUAUAGAUUCAUCAGUUAUAUCGUUUUCGUUUUCAAACAAAUCGCCUACAAUGCCAAUAGAUUCUUUGGCAGUUCGAACGAUAACGGACACGUCGGCCAGUGUGUGUCCAGGGGUUGUGACAAUACGAAUGUUCUCAUCGAUUUCAUAGACACCGUCGCUGUUAAAAAACGCACCGUCGUCAUAGUACAUCUGUUUGUAGCUAACGCAUCGGCCGACCAGAUGUUUUGCGUUCAAAAAUAAAUUAUUGUUACCUAAAUGAUCCGAGUGGCCGUGAGUACUGACAACAUAAUCAAUGUCGUCACAGCUGACGCCGUGCCGAUCAAUCGCUUCUAUUAAUCGUUUACCGUCCCACGGAGUCAUCGUGUCAACAAUAAUGUUUUUCGGCCCUUUGACCAAUGUGCAUGUGCAGUUGGCCAUCAUACCGCCUUCCGUUGGAUGACAAUAGCCGACAAAUAGAACGUGAACUUCGUACAUGUCGGACAAAAUUAAACGAACGAGAAUAAAUACUUAGACGGCACGGCCACCGAUCCAAACGAAUGUUAAUUAGUCAACAAACACGAUUGGAAAACGCAACGUAAACGAGUUGAUAUGCUCACGACCAUGAUAAGAUACGUGCAAUUUAAUAUUAUCUUUAAUCAGACUUACAACCGUGACAGUAUUACCAUUUAUUAUCAAUAUUUCAACCGUUAUCAGCUUUGUUGGUUUUUUUUAUUAUUCGUACGCCUUAUAGUAUAAGGCAGUGGUUCGCAACCUAGGGUCUGCGGACCCACCGGUAGCCCGCCAGGCAAUAUCCACCGAACGACCGAACUCUACUGAACAUAGUUGUUCAGUGGCAAUAUCUACAAAAUUUAAUAGAAUACGUACAUGAGAUCGCUUAUAUUUAUUUGCGUAGUUAAAAUUCCGUAAUUUGGCCUGAAUGGAUAAUGGAUAGUUGCUUGCGCAUUGCCGGUUUAGAAUGCUGAUUGACUUUUUUUCCGUGGCUUAUUUCGCUUAUGCGAGGUUUGUGGCUCG